UGUUUUUUUUUUUUACGUGUGAAAUAUGACACACCUCCUGCCUGGGCAUGGUGUCAAGUAAUGCACACACUGUAUUACUGUAUCAGCAGGCAAACUGCAAUGAAGCUCUUCAACAAGAAAAUGAUUUUUGGAAAGGUCUUCAAAGGCCGAAGGCUUCUGAGCAUCCUGACCCUCUUCUUUGUGUUUUUAUUUUUUUCCCUUCUCCUAUGGAAAACAGAUUCUGAUCCUAUGAUACCGCAGCAAUUUACAGCUGACCUGCCCGCCUGCUCUGCUAUCAUCAAAGGAGACCUGGCAGGCCGUGAAGCUGACUUGAAAGCCCUUCUAUCAUCGAAGUCAAGGCAAGUUAUGCUCACCGAGGACUUCUACCUUAACACAACCCAAGAUUGUCACACUUAUGUUAGACAGAGAGGCUUUUUUAUGCACCCUCUGAGUGAAGAAGAGAGGGAUUUUCCCAUCGCAUACUCCAUGGUGAUCCACGGACAGAUCGAAAUGUUCGAGCGACUUUUGCGUGCCAUUUACACCCCUCAGAACAUCUACUGCGUGCACAUGGACAAAAAAUCUACAGUGAAAUUCCAUAAGGCCGUGAAAGCCAUUGUAUCCUGCUUUGAGAAUGUAUUCAUAGCUGGGAAAUUAGAAAAUGUGAUUUAUGCCUCAUGGGCGCGAGUGCAGGCUGAUUUGAACUGCAUGGAGAGUUUGUUGGGGUCUCAAGUCCGGUGGAUGUACCUGCUGAACACAUGCGGGACAGACUUUCCAAUUAAGACCAACAGAGAGAUGGUGCAAGCUUUGAAAGUCCUUAACGGGAAGAACAGCAUGGAAACAGAAGCCACCAAUGAUUACAAGAAGCAACGUUGGCAAUAUCACUACAACGUCACCGACUCUAUUGUCAGGACCGACGUGAGGAAAAGCCCACCUCCCAUUAGAAGCCCCAUGUUCACGGGGAGUGCCUAUUUUGUAGCCAGCAGGGACUUCGUGGAACACGUUAUACGGGACCGGGAGGUUCGGGUGUUUCUGGAGUGGGAGAAGGACACCUACAGCCCGGACGAGCACUUGUGGGCCACUUUACAGCGGAUGCCCUCCGUGCCCGGAUCACUGCCUGCAAACGUCAAGUUCGACACGUCGGACAUGCAAGCCGUCGCCCGCGCGGUCAAAUGGAGCUAUUUAUCAGGGGAUGUGAGGAAAGGGGCUCCGUAUGAGAUGUGCAGCGGGGCAAAUAGAAGAUCAGUUUGUGUGUAUGGAACCGGAGACCUUCCGUGGCUCUUGAGACAGCACCAUCUCCUGGCUAAUAAGUUUGAUCCAAUAGUGGAUGACAUUGUUAUAAGGUGCUUGGAGUCUAUUCUCUAUUUUAAAGCUUUAGAUAGAGGUUAUACAGCAUAGCGCAGUGUGUCCUCACAAAAUUUGACAUCCUCUGAAAUAUACACUGAACUCCCUCCAUUGCUGGUUCCGGGUUUGCGGUCCUAAUAUUUCAUGGACGGCUAGAGUCUACAAUCAUUUUGUUCUGCCUCCUAUUUUAUGUUAAAUUACAUCGUUGGCCACGAGAUGACACCAAGUUAUUGUUUGACAGUGUAACAUCGAAAGAAGAGUGG